CCCACCCAAUCUCAAUCGUGGCACUCAUUCGCCAGUAAGCCAGCGGAAUGGAAGCAUCUGUCGCCUACGCUUUAUUCUUGCACCGCCAGGAGCUGCAGCGCCGGCGGAUGCUCUACGUCCAGGUGUCCAGGACCAAGAUCCAGUUGACCAAGGAGCUGAUAGCCGAGCAAAAGCAACGACUGGCCACCUGCUCACCCGAGGAUCUGCAGAUCCUGAGCAGGGAAACGCAGUUCAAGCGGCAGCUUCAGCAGAAACUCAAGCACCGGAACAAACAAUUGAAAGCGAUUGCCAAGCAGCAGGAGCGGCGGGGCUAAGCAAGGAAGGAUAUUUUGACUUCCCUCAGGGAUACCAAUUUAAUUAGUUUUAGCUCAACGCAAAUGAUGUGUGCGUUUACAUAGUUUAGUUUUAGCUCAAAGAAAUAAAAUUUCCCAUGCAAAUCAAGCCAAGUUGUCUUCGGAGAUACUCUCUUAAGAGCGUUGGCUUGGAGUCUUAAUAUAAUAAAAAAUACUUGAAAAAAAUAUAAUUCAAAU